ACUCUGCUUACCUGGUUGCCGACAAGGUGACAGUUCAUUCGAAGCACAAUAAUGAUGAUGAGCAGUAUGUUUGGGAAUCUUCAGCUGUAUCAAGCCUGAUCACGGAGAACCCAUGGGUAGAGGAACCAGGAUUGUCCUCCACUUGAAGAAGAAAAUCCGACUUAAAUGAAGAAAAUUUAUUGCCAGCCAUCUCUCAAGUUAACCUGUGACGAAGUGUGAAAACAUUACUUUACAGUUUGGCACAACAGAACAGUGAAAAACCUCAACCCAAUCUAGGAGCGCAACAACAGGAAUUGUAUGCUGGACUGGGAUCAGUAAUGGACAACUUGAUGACCAGUUGGAUUAGACCGACAUCGCCUGACCGUUCAUCUCCGGCAAGAGGAUCAGGUGGAUCGGGCCCAGGAGCCAGAAGGUGGGCAGCCGGCAGCCAUAAAACGAAACGCCCAGCAGGUGAAUCAGAUGAUUGCCGAUAGUGACAAGGAAAUGGAAUUGACCGGAUCCAGAUCGGCGGCGGAGGAGCCAGUGGCUUCGUCGCAGUCUGUCGUGGGAAACCUGCGACGUUUCCGAUUUCCCGUCUGGGACGUUCGAGCCGAUCUUUCCGCCGAACACGACGCCCGUGGCGUCGGUCGUCAGCUAUGGGUUGCAGCAAACGGGUAGCAGCAAAAGCAACCGGAAGGAGUUGAAGUCGGUGCAUCAGUGCUCUGCUCAUGGCUGGGCUACGAGCACAUCCGCGAGGUGCAAAAGCGCCGCUACCUCCUCCAACCCAUCGCCCUGGGGAUCUUCUCCAACGACGAGCGCAACCACCUGCUGGCCUUCCUGCCCCAACAAGGUCUACCAGCGGCUGUUGUCCACAGCCACGGGCCUCUUGGACUCGGCCAGCCAGUCGGUGGCCGGCCAGAAGCGGCUGGCCAACGUUGAGCAGUCGAUCAUGACGGCUGGCCUGAUGGGCGAGACGUCUGUGACUCAGCGCUAGGUGCGCGGCGAGCUAACCAGCUUCUAGUACCUGAUGCACCUCAACACGCUGGCCGACCGCUCCUACAACGACCUGAUGUGUGCAGCACUUACUCAGAUUCUGGUGUUGGGAUCGAGGGACCAGACGCCCGUCGCCUGGUAUUUUUCUCGUUUGACUUUCAUCCGCCCGUUGACGGGGCACAACGCUCCACUGGCGGCCAUCGACAUCAACGACCUGACGGGCGACAUCGCCACCUGCUUGGGCACUUGGCUCCACCUGUGGUCCAUCAACGGCGACCCGCUGGCCAGCGUCAACACCCUGGUGGGUCAAAUCGGCCGCUCGCAGCACUAACCUAACCAUCUUCUGCGUCUGUGCGUCCGAACGAGUGGGAUCCCAUGAACGUCGACGGGAUCGAUGGGCGGAGUCGUUCGAAUGUGGUCCCUCGACUACGUCCAGGUUCCCAACGAGGAAACGCCGGCACAAGUGAGGACGGAAGAAACGGCCGAGGCUCCUAAAAUCGUCGAAGAAUCGAAAGAGGAUUCACCUGACGUUGCCGAACUGCCCGGCGCCAUUCUUCAGCGACAGGCGUCCGUCAGCAGUUUGCCCAUCAGCUGCGGCGACAGCAGUGAACACGAAGGGCCUGACAGCACUUCUUCGCCCACUCCAACUCAACCAAAGGAGGGGGAGAAUCCAUCGCUGGAACAACCGGAACAACAACAACAAUCGACUGAGCCGUUGCAGACGAGCCGGAGCGAUUCGAGUCUGAACGGAACGUUCGAAAUGAUUAGCGAGUCGGAAGUGAGGAAGAGCGCCAUCCAGCAGCAACAGCAGCAGCAGACGCCCGAAGCUAACGUGGUGGCUCCUUUUGUUAGCCAACAACCGGGCAAGAAAUUCCGCCACGUCCUGAAAGAAGGUUUCAAGUGGCAGAGGCAGUUGAUCUUCCGGACGAAGUUGACGAUGCACACGGCCUACGAUCGUCAAGACAACAGCGAACCUGCGUCCGUCACAUCUCUGGCCAUUUCCAAAGACAAUCGAACUGUAUUGGUGGGCGACGCCCGCGGUCGCAUCCAUUCGUGGAGCGUGAUGGGCCGCUCGGUGGCCGACCAUUGGCUCCGCGACGACACGGUCGAAAUGUGCACCAAAUGCCGCGUGAAAUUCUCGUUGACUGAGCGCCGACAUCACUGCCGCAACUGCGGACACGUCUUCUGCUGCCGUUGCACUCGCUACGAGUCUGAAAUUAUGCAAUAGAGGAUCCGCCGGCCGGUGCGGGUGUGUCAGAAGUGCUACGCUUCUUUGAAAAUGUCCAGCGAUGGAACUUCUUAAUUUUCGACUGACAAAAGAUGAAGAGAUGUUUCAUUUAAAAAAGAAAAUGGGCUAAUCUUUCAGAGAGAAGUUGCUGGAAGCUCUUACGGUUUGUGCCAUCUUUCAAGACAAUGCCCAACUGUGCAGCGAACUGAGCGACAAAGUAGUCCAGCAUUUCGUUCACUGCAUCGAGACUCACGGCCGUUACGUGGAAUAUCUCCACUUUCUGCAGACGAUCGUGAAAGCGGAAGGCCAAUUCAUCCGCAAGUGCCAAGACAUGGUCAUGCAAGAACUGGUUAACGUCGGGGAGGACGUGCUCGUCUUGUACAACGACAAGGCUUCGUUCAUCGCCUUUGUCGACAUGAUGAGAGUCGGCACGAAAGAACGCCGCACCGGCUGGACACCACUGACAGCAGCGGAGCUCUCAAGUACCACAUUUCGCAGUUGAGCGUCCGCUUUGAUCGGACAGUUAUUGAGGGCCUGCAAGACAUUGUCGUCUUGUUAAGGCUCAUCUGCAUCCUUUGGUUCAAGCCGAGUCCUCCGUUAUCGUCGAUGUCCUUUACCGACCGGAAUAUCUUUUACAGCCUGGCACGGAAGCACGGAAAAAGUGUGACAAUGGCGGAUUCAUUCGCAGGAAUGAUUAAACACACCGAACGAUUGCUGGAGGACAAGGAGGGAAAACUUUGUAUCCAAGUUCUCAACACCUUACGUCAGAUGAUGAAUUUCGAUGUUCAAAAUGUCGAAAAGGGAGACGCAUUGAGGAAGAAUCUUUUAGUUCGCUACUUGCCAAACCAGCCUCUCAUAGUUCUAAGAAGACCGAGAUCAAUGGCGGAAGCGGAAUCUCUGCCGCUAGAAUUCAUUCAACAUUAUCUGGUGGUACUGGUGUUGGAGGCGGUGUGGGACAAUCGUCAUCGCUGACAACCCACGGACCUGGAGGGCGUCUCCUGUCGCGAGGUGAAAUGAGUUUGCCCGAGGUACAAGUGUACCUGGACCAAGAAGGCACCUCUGACUCUGAUUUGGUGGACGAAUUGGUCAUGAAGUCGUCGUUAUCGCCCAAGGUUUUCAUGGAAGCGGUCCAGUUGGGCAUCGCCCUGCUGGAAGGCGGCAACCCCGUCAUCCAGCGGAGUCUCUACACGAAAUUGCAGUCGGCCGAGACGAGCGCCAUCUUCUUCAAGGUGUUCCACGACCAAGUCAGAGUGUCGCAAGCGGAAAUCCGGUCCACCAUGUCGGUCAACACGACCGAAAUGGCCUCGGCGGGUAAUGUUUGACGAGAUGAAAUGGCAGAAGAAAUUGCGCGGACAGCCGUUCCUCUUUUGGGUCAGCUCGCACAUGUCCAUCUGGGGUCAAAUCCUAUUCAAUUUGGCCGUCAUUAUCAACUUGAUUGACGCCUUCUUUUACCCGUUUGACACUGACGGACCGGCUCCUGAUCCUGGCACUCACCUCUCAGGUCUGCACAUCUUUAAACAGUGACUCCCUUUACUUAACCUUACCCUUUACCCCUCCUGCUUUACUUCAUUGCGUUGCUCCCUCAUUCCUGGUAUUGUAUAACUACGUGUAAAGAGUUGGAAUUUAAUACAACCAAUCGCGGUUUGCUAUAUAAAAA